GGGAGGGGGGGAAGAGGGGACGCGUGGCGCGCAGUGAGCUGUUCAGCUAUGGCUGAGGAGAGGGGGAGGAGGCACGAAGGCGGCAGUUCCGUCGUCGAUAUCAACGGAGAAAACUGGCGGGAAAUGUGUGACCAGGGCUCUGAGGACAGGGGCCAAGUUGGUGGCGGCUGCAUAGAGGAAAAUGGCGGGAGAUCUUGCUGCCAGCCGACACGUGGCAGGCCUACAGCGAACGGGGGAGUAGCUCGCGAGGAAUAUGGCGGGAGAUCGUGCUGCCAGCCGACACGCGGCAAGCCUACAGCGAACGGGGGAGUUGCUCCCUUUCUGCCGCAGAGAUCAGAUGUUCCACGUCAGCCACGUCAGCCGUUUGCUGACGUGGAUCCUUUGCGAGAUGUCAGAGAGACUACUCAGUGGGUGGUCGAUCGAAGCCGCCACGUCAGCAUUGAUGACAAUGCCCUGGUGGCAGUUGCAGAGCAGCUGGCUGGCUCUUGGAAAGAGGUGGAAUGGAAUUGGGAAGACAUCCAUUUUCAAGAUGGAGGACCGUUAACGGUGCAGUACAUCUUUGUGGUUGACGUGCUGAAUUUUUGUUUCUGGCCAGAUCCCGAUCUGACGUACGAACACCUGGCACAGAGCCUGAAGACGGCAGUUCUCAGAGAUCCUCAUGCACUAGAUGCAGAGCGGCUAGCGGCCUGUGAUGUGAAGACCUUACGGCAAAUGAUGAACUGGGGAAAGAGUAAGAAUAAGGAUAAGUUGAAGAAGGAGGAGGAGGAGGAGGAGGAGGAGGAGGAGGAGGAGAUCGAAGAGGAGCAGGAGGGGGAGGAGAAGAAGAAGAAGACGAAGAUCGAAAAGGAGAAAGAGGAGAGGAAGACGAAGAAGAAGACAAAAGAGGGAGAGGAGGAGGAGGAGGAGGAGGAGGAUGAGAAGAAGAAGAAGAAGAAGAAGACAAAGGAGGCGGAGGAGGGGGAAACGAAGAAGGAGAAGAAGACCAAAGAGGAGGAGGAGAGGAAGAAAAAGAAGAAGACAAAAGAGGGAGAGGAGGAGGAGAAGAAGAAGAAGACGAAGAUCAACGAGGAGGAGGAGGAGGAGGAGGAGGGAGAGAGGAAGAAGGAGAAGAAGACCAAAGAGGAGGAAGAGGAGGUGAGGAGAAAGACGAAGAAGACGAAGGAGGGGGAGGAAGUGGUCAAGAUGGUGAAGGAGGAGGAGGAGAAGAAGAAGAAGAAGAAGACCGUAGUGGUGACGGAGGAGGAGGAGUGGAAGGAGAGCAAGGAGAACGAAGAGAAGGAGGACAGAAAGAAGGAGAAGAAGAAGAAGAUCGAAGAGGAGGAAGAGGAGGAAGAGGAGAGGAAGAAGAAGACUAAGAAGAAGAUCAAGGAGGAGAGGAAGCAGGACACACGAAGGAGCAUGGAGGAAAAGAAACAGAGAGAGGAAGAGAGAGAUGAACCUGAAGAGGAGGAGGACGAGGACGAGGAGGAGGAGGAGGAGGAGGAGGAAGUGAUACCACAGGAGGAAGAAAGAGUUAGGUUGUUGCGAGAGGCAGGGGCAGAGUUGAUUAGGAGUUUUGGAGGACAAGCCAUCAAUCUUGUCCAGAGGGCUCAAGGCUCAGCAGCAGCACUGGUUGAGCUGGUACUUCGUCAUUUCCCAGGUUUUCGAGAUCACUGUGUUUAUAAAGGAAGGCAGAUUUUUUUGUACAAACGCGCCCAAAUUUUUGUAGGGGAUGUUUGGGGAGCUUUUGGCGGGAAAGGACUUGGUUAUUUUCACGAUAUCCAUUCUCUCACUAUGUUUGCUGAUUAUGUCGUUCCCGCCGUUUUGAGAGAUUGGUCGGUUUUGAAGUACAGCUCAUCGCUUAGGAAGAAGAUCGAUUCCCUGCAGGAGAUCUGGUCGGGAUCUGAAGAGGAGGUCGAGAUCCGAGCUGGCACAAUUAUAGCCGUUGAGCGUCUGAAGGCAGAGGUAGAGAAGAGACUUGGGAGAAGUGUGAUGAGUAUAGAGUUGGAUUGGCUUUUGUGGCAGUUGGGAUCGGGAUCCACGUCAGACGAUGGUGGAAAGAAGUUGUCCCCGGUUCAUCGUACCCGGACAAUCUACUACUGAUUGAUGAUUACUAGUGGUAGUAGUGGAUUGGGGCGGGGGGCAUCAGAGGCACAGAGGUAGAGAAGAGACUUGGGAGAAGUGUGAUGAGUAUAAUAGAGUUAGAUUGGCUUUUGUGGCAGUUGGGAUCGGGAUCCACGUCAGACGAUGGUGGAAAGAAGUUGUCGCUCGCCGGUUCGCUGUACCUAGACAAUCUACUACUGAUUGAUGGUUAAUAGUGGUAGUAGUGGAUUGGUUGGGCAUCAGAGGGCAGAGAGGUAGAGAAGAGAAUUGGGAGAAAUGUGAUGAGUAUAGAGUUAGGGCAUACUCACACGGGGACCUAUAAUAAUCCCAAAAUCCCCCAAAAAAGGGGAAAACGCCGGUCACACGGAUCUACGAAAUUCACAAAUGUACUAUUCCAGUGCCCAUUUGUCAGCGGCCUGGGAAGCCGCGAGGCAAGGGAUUUUGCGGUCACCUCUGGAGGUGACCCCAAAUUCCCUUUUAUUUUUUUGCAUUUUCUUCAAAAAUUGGCAAAAAUUCGUUAACAAAAGUUCUUGCACAAU